CCUCGACAACACCAGCAACAUGUCGAAGCGCACCAAGAAGGUCGGCAUCACCGGUAAAUACGGCACGCGCUACGGCGCCUCGCUCCGUAAGCAGGUGAAGAAGAUGGAGGUAUGUUCUGUCGCGACGGAUAGUUACACAUGCACAUUCUGCGGCAAGAACGCUGUCAAGAGAAAGGCCGUUGGUAUCUGGGAAUGCCGGUCCUGCAAGAAGACCACCGCCGGUGGCGCCUACACCGUCUCUACCCCCGCUGCGGCCGCCACGAGGUCCACGAUCCGUCGUCUCCGUGAAAUCGCCGAGGUCUAGAGUGGUGCGUGGGAACUGGGUGGAAGGGUGGAGUUUCUUCUCGGAUCAUUCAGGUUACGAUUUGCGGGCAUCUUAACGGGUCGGAACAAAUGGCAGCGAUCCUAUGAAAUGAUAAAAAUGGUCCCUUACUGGCCGCACAAGUUCACCCACGGAUUCUUGGCAAGUGCCCGAUGUCAAUAUGUCUGUGAUGAUUUGGAGGUGGAUGACAAAAGAGCAUGUGGAAGCGUUAACAUGAGGGGGAGGGAGAUGGAUGGAGGAAGUGAUGCUGCGGUUGCUUCAAUCUACCAUUCAAAUGAAGGUCUAUGAGGGAGCCCGCAUAGGGAGUACAGGCAUGCCCGAUAGAUCGAUAAAUGCGUCUUCUUCGUCACAGCAUUGCCGCUCUUUUGGAUACAGGAUGACUGCUUUGCCCACCGAUCUACUCCGUAC